UCGGAUUCGGAAGCAGGCUGCGGCUCCACUCGCAGCCACUGGCCAGGUCGCUGUAGUAACGCGUGGGAAGUGGAGGCGAGCAGCAACACGGAGGGAGCUAAAUAUAAAAAAACACACACGCACUAAAACCCCACGCAAGCUUCACUUUCGGGCGAUAAAGAGCUGCCGGAGGCUUAUUUUUCACCAACUUGACGUCGUGUGGAAUUGGAGAAACACACCUGAGAAGGAACUUUUUAUUUAUAAUGUUGUCUAUUGUUGAUAUUUUUCCCCCGAGGCUUUUCAAGUUGUUUGGAUAUUCUGAGGAUUUACAUUUUUUUUUUUUUUUUUUUUUUUUGUCUUUGCUCCGUGAAGCUUCCAGCAGCUUCAUGGCCACCUGACCCUUGAGACAACCAGACGGCGGCUAAUGACGCUAAGCUAAAUAUAUGACGGACGCUAAGAUAAAAAUAAGACUAAGCUGUAAAAUGACUGUGCGCGUACGACGUUUGUUAUUGCGGUAAAAAACAAACAAAAAAAACGCGCCUUAUAGUUCUUGCUUACUUGCAUCUUACUUGUUGAAUUUGCGACCAAGUCUGGGCUAUAACGAUGCCGACCGCGGGUCUUAAUCCCUAGACCAGGGGUCACCAACCUUUUUGAAACCAAGAGCUACUUCUUGGGUAUUGAUUAAUGCGAAGGGCUACCAGUUUGAUACACACUAAAAUCGCCAGAAGUAGCCAAUUUGCUCAAUUUACCUUUAGAAAAUAAAUCUAUGUAUAUAUAUAAAAAAAUGGGUAUUUCUGUCUGUCAUUCCGUCGUACAUUUUUGUUCCUUUUAUGGAAGGUUUUUUGUAGAGAAUAAAUUAUGAAAAAAACACUUAAUUGAACGGUUUAAAAGAGGAGAAAACAGGAAAAAAAUGAAAAUUAAAUUUUGAAACAUAGUUUAUUUUCCAUUUCGACUCUUUAAAAUUCAAAAUUCAACCGAAAAAAAUGAAGACAAAAACUACCCGAUUCGAAUCUUUUUGAAAAAAUAAAAAAAAAAGACUUAAAGGAACAUCAUUAGUAAUUUUUCCCGAUUAAGAUUGAUUUUAGACAUUUUGAUGACACGUUUUAAAUAGGUUAACAUCCAAACUGCACUUUGUUAGAAUAUAUAACAAAUUGGACCAAGCUAUAUUUCUAACAAAGACAAAUCAUUAUUUAUUCUAGAUUUUCCCAAACAAAAAUUUUAAAAGAAAUUCAAAAGACAUUUAAUUAAGAUUUAAAUUUGAUUCUACAGAUUUUCUAGAUUUGCCAGAAUAAUUUAUUUGAAUUUUAAUCAUAAUAAGUUUGAAGAAAUAUUUCACAAAUAUUCUUCGUCGAAAAAACAGAAGCAAAAAAAAAUAUUAAAAUGUAUUUAUUAUUCUCUACAAUAAAAAAAGAAAAUACUUGAACAUUGAAUUAAAUUGUCAGGAAAGAAGAGGAAGGAAUUUAAAAGGUAAAAAGGUAUAUGUGUUUAAAAAUCUUAGAAUAAUUUUUAAGGUUGUAAUUUUUUUCUAAAAUUGUCUUUCUGAAAGUUAUAAGAAGCAAAGUAAAAUAAUUUAUUUAAACAAGUGAAGACCAAGUCUUUAAAAUACUUUCUUUGGAUUUUCAAAUUCCAUUUGAGUUUUGUCUCUUUUAGAAUCAAAAAUGUCGCGCAAAGCGAGCCCAGCUUGUUAGUAAAUAAAUAAAAUUAAAAAAAAUAGAGGCCGCUCACUGGUAAGUGUUGUUAUUUGAGCUAUUUUUAGAACAGGCCAGCGGGCGACUCAUCUGGUCCUUACGGGCUACCUGGUGCCCGCGGGCACCGCGUUGGUGACCCCUGGCCUAGACAACCCCCGCUUCCGACCUCCGCGCCGUGGUGUCUCCGUCACACUGCCCGGCAUGAGCGCCGCGGACUCGGAGCGCGCGUCGCUCAGCUCCUCGGCCAACUCGGUGGCCUCCAGCGCGCGGACGCUGUCGGCCAACGUGCGGAAGCUCCACAACGCGCUCAACCUGCUGCUCAACGACUUCGAGCGGGAGCAGUUCAUCCACUGCCUCAAUGUCUACCACUCCAAGCGCAACGUCUACGACCUGGUGCAGACCCUCCACGUCAUCCUCAACGCGCCCAGCAAGCGGCAACUUCUCCCCAUGCUGCGGCUCGUCAUCCCCCGCUCCGAUCAGCUCCUCUUCGAGCAGUACACCUCGGAGGGUCUUUACCUCAAGUCCGAGAGCGGGAGCGCGGGCCUCCCCGGCUCCAGCCCGACUCCCUCGGCGCAGGAAAACCCGGCCGAGUUCCAGGUGGCGCUCCGGGGCUCGCCGGACAGCUUCAGCACCAGCAGCGACGGGACAGCGCCGCUGGUGCCGCUCCUCGGCAGGAACUUCAUCCACGAGUCCGUGGGGGAGCCGCGGCAGAUCAACAUGAAGCGGCAUAAGAGCAACGAGGGCCUGGGCUUCAGCAUCCGCGGCGGCUCGGAGCACGGGGUGGGCAUCUACGUGUCGCUGGUGGAACCGGGCAGCCUGGCGGAGAAGGAGGGUCUCCGGGUCGGCGACCAGAUCAUGAAAGUCAACGACAAAGUCUUCGACAAAGUCUCUCACGCGGAAGCAGUUAAGGUGCUGAAGGGCAGUAAAAAGCUCUGCCUCUCUGUUCGCUCUGUGGGGCGGAUUCCAGGUGGCUACGUCACCAACCACGUUUAUACCUGGGUGGACCCUCUUGGCCACAGCGUGUCUCCUCCACCUGACCUAACUGAGCAUCACAAUGCCAGCCUCAGAAGAAUGGACAGCCAGCGACGCAGCAACAUGCAGCUCCUGCAGGAGGGGGACGAGAAGAAGGUCAACUUGGUUCUGGAUGAUGGCCGGUCUCUUGGUCUUAUGAUUCGAGGUGGAGCAGAAUACACUUUGGGUAUUUACAUCACAGGAGUGGACCAAGGCUCAGCGGCACAGUGCGGAGGACUCAAGGUCGGCGAUCAGAUCCUGGAAGUGAACGGUCAAAGCUUCCUAAACAUCCCUCACGACGAAGCCGUCAGAGUGCUGAAGUCCUCGAAACACCUGAUGAUGACGGUGAAAGACGUGGGCCGCCUGCCUCACGCCAGGACGGUAAUUGGUGAAACUAAGUGGAUCGCCAGCUCCCAGAUUGCAGAAAGCUCAGCAAACAGCAGCAUGAAAAGCUUUGCCAUGGACCAAGGAGCCUUGGAAGCUGGAAAGCCUGUGUUUUACAAGGGUGUUGCUGGAUCACAAGUCAGCCUGUCCAGCCUGGUGAACCAAUCCAGGGCCAUGUUAGAGGAGCAAGCACGCCACCUUCUGACCGAGUCGGAGAGACAAACCAUGUACUACUACAUGGAAGAGUACCGGGACGGACACAUUGGCGUGGAGCAGCUGGUCAUGGCGCUCUUUGAACUACUCAACACACAUGCAAAGUUCUCUCUACUGUCGGAGAUGAGAGGCCUGGUUACGCCACAGGAUUUGGAGCACUUCGACGGGCUGGUGUUACAACGCGAGAUUCAGGCUCUGAAGGCGAGACAGGGCAGCGCUGGAGCAACCGCACUUCAUGCAGACUCCCUGUCCAUGGUGUCAUACCCUGACACGCUGACGUCGUCCUUGGCCAGCUUCAUGACCAACACCACCCUCAGCUCUGCUCGGGAGAGGCUGCUGUGGCUGAUAGAUAUGAUGGAGAACGACAGCGCGGUGGAUGCCAAUCAGCAGGAUCCUUCGGAGGGUAUGAACUCGCUGCUGGCUGACAUCUCUCUGGAUGAUGUACAGUCGACCACAGCUGACUCCCCCCCCUCCUUCAAGCCUCCGCCCCCGUCAAGGGUAAAGAGGCGCCCGAGUCGAAGAGACCAGCUCAACAAAUCGUCUGAAUCCACCCAAUCAGGCUUGUACUUUACAAACCCCGCACACCCUAACCACAGCAAAAAGACACGUCAGAGCCCUUCCUUGCCAUCGGUACGUUAUAAACAAGAUCCUCCACGGGAACCUUGCCAGGACUACGCAGCCGUCCGGAAAAAAGAACUCUUAGCUCCAUCCAAGACGGAACCGAAAGCUCACUUGGUUUCCCCUCACACCAUUGGUCCUUUCCCCCGCGUGCAGUCCCCUAGUAGAGGUGCCAACCUAUCUGCCGCCUCAUCCUCACCACCACCGCCGCCUCCACCCCCGCUACCCGCACCUCCUCCUCCACCACCCGCUAAGCCCGUUAGCAUGUCCAAAUCCUCCUCUCCGGGCUCUAAGCAGCAAUUUGUUACAGUGGAGGUUCACAGGCCCAAUGCAGAGCCCGACGUCAAUGAGGUGCGGCCGCUACCCCAAGCUCGAGGUUGCGCCCUGUCUCAGCUGUCAGACAAUGGUCAGACUCUCAGUGAGGACAGCGGCGUGGACAUAGCCGAGUCAGGACUCGUCAGCAAAGACACCAGCCCCCAUCCCUCAUGCGCACGCCACCUUCCAGAUGCCCAAAGGAGUGUGGGGGGUAACUCCGCCAAACCGCCAGGACUGUUGGAGCCCACCUCCACGCUUGUAAGGGUGGCAAAAAGUGCAAAUACGCUGGGCAUCGCCAUCGAAGGAGGAGCCAACACUCGGCAGCCGUUGCCAAGGAUCGUCACGAUACAGCGAGGAGGCUCGGCCCACAACUGCGGUCAGCUGAAGGUGGGCCAGGUGAUCCUGGAGGUGAACGGGGUUUCUCUGAGAGGUCGCGAGCACAAGGACGCCGCGCGCGUCAUCGCCGAGGCCUUCAAGACCAAAGAGAGGGACUACGUGGACUUCCUGGUGACGGAGUUCAACGUGGCGCUAUAGCCGAGCGGGAAGAGGAGAGACAGAGAGACCGGAAUGGAUUCUUUUCGACAGCACAACUUAACGACCCCCUCCGCCAGAUCCUGACCGCAUUCCUUCAGCCAUGAACGUGUUGACCUUUCUUUUCAACAUGUUACCUCCCUGCUGUGACACCUUAUGCACUAAGUAGGAACUUGCAAAGUCGGUAUAAUCUAUAUUUUGCUCUCUUUUCAACAAAUGCAGUUGUCCAGGAUACGCAGACCAAGUAUUAUAUUUACUGUACAUGUGAUGAAUAUAGAGAAAAUGUACAAAUUAGAAGACCCAGAUACAAUCGAUGUUGUAUCGACAAAUAUAUUUACACGGAAAUAUAAAUAUAUGACCAGAGCAGCUCAGAUGUGUUGUCUGUUGUCUUCAUUUGUGAACCUUCCAUUUUCUACUCAGCUUAUUUUGUGCAGGAUGGCGGUGUUCUGCAUGGAGGAUGCCUGGGAAGUAACGAAGAAAACCUGCACAUUUCACACAGGUUUGAAUUCUCAAGCUUCUUGUUCAUGCUCCUGAAACCAUUUCUUCUCGUCUGUGUGAUGGACUCCAGCAUCCACCAUGACGCCGUGUGCAGCUUUCAACCAGUGAGUAACCCGUGACACCGCAAAUAUUUCUGAUGUGGUUUUGUUUUCCUGAAAUACUCCUAAUUAUGCCAAAGAUGUGGUAUAUUACAGUGGGGCAA